AUGUCCGUGUCCAUAUCCACCUCCGGCUCGACCAUGACCGCGCCGCACGGCAUCGCGCAGCGGCUGGCGCAUGCCGCGCUGCACACGCCCCCCUCCUUCUUCUCCAUCAACAUGGGCACAGGAAUCACGUCGAUUCUGCUGCACAACUUUCCGUACCGCGCGCGCUGGCUCGAGAUGCUCGGCACGAUCGUGUUCGUGCUCAACGUCGCCGUCUUCGUCCUCCUCCUCGGCGCGACGAUCGCGCGCUACUCCCUCUGGCCGGUCUGGCGGACCGUCGCGCGCCAUAAAGUCGCGGGCAUGUUCUGGGGCUGCUUCCCCAUGGGCUUCGCGACCAUUGUCAAUAUGGUCUGCCUCGUAUGCGUUCCCGCAUGGGGUGCGAGAUGGGCGUAUACCGCCUACGCCAUGUGGUGGGCGGACGUGCUCGUCUCGCUCGCCUCCAACCUCGGCAUGCUAUGGAUGGUGUUCACGCGGCAAGAACACACGCUCGCGACGCUCGCGCCCACCUGGCUCCUGCCGGUGGUUGCGACGGUCGUCGCAGCGGCCUCCGGCGGCGUCGUCGCCGAAGCGCUCGUCCCCAUCAACCCCGCGCUGGCGCGGAGCACGCUCUACGUCUCCUGGAUAAUCUGGGGCACGGGCGUGCCCAUCGCGCUCAUGGUCAUCGCGCUGCUGAUCUACCGCUUUGCGGCGGGCGGGCCGCCUGCGCCCGCCGCCCUCGCGUCCGUCUUCCUCCCCCUCGGGCCGUGCGGGCAAGGCUCAUUCGGGAUCACAACGCUCGGCGUCGUCGCUCGCGCCCUCGCGGAUCGCGGAACACCCAUGGUCCCCGCGUCGCCGGAGGCGGCGUUGCGCAUCGCCGACGGGAUGUACGCCGCCUGCCUCCUGGCCGGCCUCGUCCUCUGGGGCCUCGCCCUAGCAUGGUACAUCCUCGCCGUGGCCAUGUUCGUCGAGGGCGUGCGCCGCGACCCCGCCCUCCUCGGCGUUGGCAAGUUCACGCUUGGGUUGUGGGCGCUCACAUUCCCCAUCGGCGUGUGGGCGACCGCGAGCAUCGCGCUCGCGGCCGAGCUCGACAGCCCCGCAAUGCGCGUAAUCGCCGCCGUCAUCAGCGCACAGGUUAUCUUCCACUGGUGCUACGUUGCGGCCAUGACGGCGUGGAAGCUCGUGCGGGGCGAGUUGUUCGCGGCGCCCGAGCUCGAAGGGAAAGAUGUGCUAAAGAGAUGGGAGACGUCCGAGCAGCCCGACCACGACCACGACCACGACCACGACCACGAGCAGCGCGAGCAGGCGCACGACACGGCGGAGCCGGCGCGCCGCCAAUCGCUGCGCGACAUGUUCCGGCGCCCGUCGAACGACCAGCCCGCGCGCCGCGGGAGCUGGCGCGACAUGUUCUCGGGCCACCAGCAGAGCGACCAAGCCGCCGAGGGCACGAGAGAGCGGCGCUCGAGUUGGAAAGACGUGUUCCACCCACACGCCACCGUGCCGGGCCAGCAGGGCGGCGGUGAGCGGCACGAGCGGCACGAGCGGCGCGGGAGCUGGAAGGACGUGUUCCACAAAGACCACAAGGGCGACGAGGCGACGAACGCGCGUAUCCUCGGCCAAGUUGAUGCGAUGGAUACCGUCCCCGGCGCCGAGGAGGCGACGGCCGCGCGCGCAGACCCCGCCGUCGUCGGCGAGACGGGCGUGGAUACCGCCAAAGUCAUGGGCGGCGGGCGGCACAUGGGCGCGUAG